UCUUGCAGCCGGCCAGUUGCGCGCAAGAGAGCAGCCAGCCCGCCCAGCAGCCCGGCGGGCGGGGGGGGCCGCCCUUUGUUCCCGGGGAGGGGGGAGAGGGCGGGCGGCUCUUUCUGCCGCGCCUCCUCCUCCUCCUCCUCCUCCAGCCAGCCAGCCAGGCAGCCUUUCCUGGGAGGCGGCGCGCGCGGCAGGAGCGCCGGACCGUGGCUGCUGCGGGGCGCCGCCUGCUGCCCUCCGUCCCGCGCGGCAAUGGGGGAGCCGCGGCGCGCCCUGCGCGGGGCUCGGGGCUCGGCGUGGCGGCGGGACUAGGCGCGGCGGCGGCGGCGGCGUCGUCGGCGGGGCGAUGGAGGAGUGGCGGCAGUGCGGCCGCUGGCUGAUGGACUGCAAGGUGCUGCCGGCCCACCACCGCGUGGCGUGGCCGUCGGCCGUGGUCUUCGAGCUGGCGCAGGCGCUGCGCGACGGGGUGCUCCUCUGCCAGCUGCUGCACCACCUGGCGCCCGGCUCCGUCGACCUCAAGGACAUCAACUUCAGGCCCCAGAUGUCGCAGUUUCUAUGCCUGAAGAAUAUUCGGACUUUCCUCAAAGUGUGUCACGACAAAUUUGGUUUCAGGAACAGUGAGCUGUUUGAUCCGUUUGACCUCUUUGAUGUGCGAGAUUUCGGGAAGGUAAUAUCAGCCGUCUCCAGACUUUCUCAUCACAGCAUUGCGCAAAACAAAGGAAUCCGGCCGUUCCCUUCAGAGGAGACCACAGAGAAUGAUGAUGACGUCUACCGUAGUUUGGAGGAGUUGGCCGACGAGCAUGACCUGGGAGAAGACAUCUACGACUGCGUCCCGUGUGAAGAUGAAGGUGAUGAUAUCUACGAAGAUAUCAUUAAAGUGGAAGUCCAGCAGCCCAUGAUCAGAUACAUGCAGAAAAUGGGCAUGACCGAAGAUGACAAAAGGAAUUGCUGUUUGUUAGAAAUUCAGGAAACAGAAGCCAAGUACUACAAGACACUUGAAGACAUCGAGAAGGACUUGGCCAUGUACAUAAAUGAAGUCAAGCGAGACAAAGAGACGCUGAAGAAAAUAAGUGAAUUUCAGAGUUCCAUAGAAAACUUGCCAGUGAAACUGGAAGAAUAUGGAAGGCCAAAGAUCGACGGGGAGUUGAAAGUGCGGUCGAUCGUGAACCACACGAAGCAGGACAGGUAUUUAUUUUUGUUCGAUAAAGUGGUGAUUGUUUGUAAGAGGAAAGGCUACAACUACGAGCAGAAAGACAUAAUUGAAUUGCUCUCCUAUAAGAUGACCGAUGACCCCACGAACAACAAGGACAUCAAGAAGUCGCACGGGAAAAUGUGGUCCUAUGGGUUCUACCUGACCCACCUUCAAGGCAAGCAGGGCUUCCAGUUUUUCUGCAAGACGGAAGAGAUGAAGAGGAAGUGGAUGGAGCAGUUUCAAAUGGCCAUGUCCAACAUUAAGCCCGAGAAGGCCACUGCGAACAACCACCACUUCCAGAUGUUCACAUUCGAGAAGACCACCAACUGCAAAGCCUGCAAGAUGUUCUUAAGAGGGACGUUCUACCAGGGCUACCAGUGCGUGAAGUGCAAAGUUGGUGCUCACAAAGAAUGCCUGGAGAUUAUCCCGCUGUGCAAAAUCAGUUCUCCGGCAGACCAGGAUUUCGUGAAUGUAGGUCCCAAAAUGGUGGCAGUUCAGAAUUACCACGGCAACCCAGCUCCUCCCGGGAAACCGGUGCUAACAUUUCAGACCGGAGAAGUGAUUGAGCUGCUGCGGGGGGACCCGGAGUCCCAGUGGUGGGAGGGGAGACUAGUCCUGUCAAAGAAGUCCGGCUAUUUUCCCAGCACGUCAGUGAAACCCUGCCCAGUGGACGCGAGGCCUCCCAACAGCCGGCCUCCCUCGCAAGAGAUUGACUACUCGGCGUACCCGUGGUUUGCAGGCAAUAUGGAGAGGCAGCAGACGGACAACCUCCUGAAGUUGCAUGUCAGCGGGACGUACUUGAUCCGGGAGAGGCCGGCGGAGGCCGAACGCUUUGCCAUCAGUAUUAAGUUCAACGAUGAAGUGAAGCACAUCAAGGUGGUCGAAAAGGACAACUGGAUCCACAUCACGGAAGCAAAGAAAUUCGAAAGCCUCUUGGAACUCGUGGAAUACUAUCAAGCCCAUUCGUUGAAGGAGAGCUUCAAACAGCUGGACACGACGCUGAAGUAUCCUUACAAGUCUCGGGAACGUUCCACCUCUAGGACCUUGACUCGCUCACCAGCUGCCUCCGCUUCCUACAAUUUUUCUUUUCUCAGUCCUCAGGGCCACAACUUCACUUCUCAGAAUUCCUCCACUCCUUUCUGGUCAGUGUUCACGCCACGGGCCGUAGGGAUGGCCGUUGCGAGGUACAACUUUGCGGCACGGGAUAUGCGGGAGCUGUCAUUGCGAGAAGGGGACGUGGUGAAGAUCUACAGCCGUAUCGGCGGGGACCAGGGCUGGUGGAAAGGAGAGACUAACGGAAGGAUUGGCUGGUUUCCUUCGACCUACGUGGAGGAGGAGGGCGUCCAAUGACAGCCGGAUCUCUGGACACCAUCGACCCAGGAAGAGACUUUGCUGGCUGCCCAGACUGGUGCUGGCUGCUGAGGUUGCACAGGACACGCUCAGCCUGGAGAGCAGAGACGCAAGCCCCUCGGGCCCCCUUGCCAGUUACUCUUCCAUGAAAGUGUGGGGUGUGUAUGUGAGAGAGCAAGAGAGCGCGCAAGCGCACACAGCAGCGUGAAACAGAAUGUCAUGCUGAGAGCGGGAAAGGGGUCUGGUGAAGUCUGGCGGCUUCCGAUUGGCAGCUAUAAUUGUACAUAGAAUUUGCUAGUGAAGAUCAUCUCAGCUGGCUCGGCAGGUUUGGCGGCAGCUGUGCUGUGGAAUGUGGAAGGCCCUCUGAGGGUGCGCGGAGAGCUCUCUUGGGGCAGGGGCUAGAUGGGGUGGAGUUUCUCAGUCCCAAGGAAGGGCUAUUUAGGGAAGGAAUUUCCGAUUCUCACUGCAGCCCAGAGUGGAGGAGCUUUUGCACUAGAGCCGAGGGUCGUGUGCUAUUCGGCAAGAGUUUCCCCUGCUGAACUGGUGGCAAACCAUGGGCCCCGCCCCCUUUUUGAUGGGGGGGGGGUGCUGAGGGACGGCUGAGGCCGGUGUUCCAGAGGCACAAAGGCCUGCCACUGAGCAACGAAGGCCGCAGUAGCCCUUCCCCACAGCCCCAAACCACAGUGCCUGUUCACGUGAAGCUCGACCGUUCUGGAUCUCAGGUGAGCUCCAGGCAAGACCAGAUAUGUCGCUCCUUGUGUAAGCAUCCGCCCUCCCUGUUGGACUACGGCCACAUACGGGGAAGCCUCAGAACCGGUCCCCCAAACUCUGCUUCCUCUGCGCCUAUUCCUGAGAUGGCUUGGGAAGAAAUGUCUCCCACACUGAUCCUGGUGAGGAUGACGGGCGAUCCCUCUUCCCUGAUUGUGGACGACAGGAACUGGUACUUAGUAGAUCUUCUGUGCCCACCGUUUGCAGAGGAAGUCUCGCCUUGGAUGGCCGUCCUCUGCAGCCUCCCUGGAAUCCUGCCUCUCUCAUUCUUCUUUGUUUAAAAUGUGUCUCUCUUGCUCUCUGGGAAAUUAUUCUCAUCCAUCUGUUGAUGUCCAGGUAACAGCCACCUUUAUGCACCAGGUGGGAUUGGGCAAAGGAUGCCAGUUCCAUCAGGGCAGAGCAAAACGGCCCAGUGGGCUGAGUGGCCCCAGCCGGUGUCGCCCCACCUCCUUCCUGCGACGUGGGAGGGGGCAACAGGAGAGUUAGAGCCUUCCCUGCAGCCACGGGCCAGCCUGCCCUGCAAUCCCACCCAGCCCUCAUUGGCUGGAGUUCUUCAGGCUUCAUUCAAAACUACUCAGGUGUUGUGAGGAAUGAGACAUCCCACAACUUGCUUUGAAUGUGAGGGGCAACUUCAGAUCUCGGGAGCAUCUGCAGGGUCUUAUUCUUUCCCAUGUACAUAUUCUGCAUGCUGACACACACAUGCCUCCGCCCUCCCCCUCCCCCAAGGUGCGUCAGAAGGGCCAGUUUUUUGGAACCUUCAGACCAGCUCCGUUUCCAAGGUGCUCCAUUGGAGGUCUCCUAAGAGCCCGGGAUCCUUCCACAAAGAUGGGAACUUCCUGCUCUGCCUACUUUUGGAGAAGAGGGCAGGAUGGCGUCCCAGUAGCCAACUUCCUCCUUUAAGUUUCUCUCUUCAGUUGCCACCAUCCGCGAUCGGCCUUGCCCCCCAUGACAGAGCAACCCUGCCAUCCCGGAUCUGCUCUCCCCUGAAUCCUGGCCUCGGAGAGACUGAAUCUGGCAAACCUGGGACCCUUCUAGCAAGGGAUUCGGAUCUGGAAAACAGAACGGCAGAAACCAAGCGUCUGUUUGGUAGUGAGCAGGGCUUGCUGGGGGGCCGUGGCCAACAACCAUACCGGGACUGCAGUGUGCAUUGUCCAUUGGCCCGGCCCGCUGCUAGGUUCGUGCAAUGCUCCCUGGGAAUUGUAGUUCCGUGUUCUCAGCUGGUUGCCCCCUUCAAAGCAUGCAGGAAACCUCCAAGGUUACCUGAGAAGGAGCAAUGGCUGCCACACCUGUGUACGUGCAGGCUGUGGAGCCCUGCUGCUCUCGGGCACCGAUGCCACGGAGUUCUGAUGUGAGGGGCCGGAGCUUGUGGCAGGCCCUCUGCCCCUGCUGCCAACUCCCUUUCCUCCCACUGCUUCCUGCCUUUUGCUGCCAGGCUGGGCAUCUCCAGCCUUCGGCCUGCUCACGAGCGCAGAGCAGGGCUUGAACCCCUCCGAAGGAGCAGGCCGGCAGGUGGAAGCAGCCCAAAGUGAGAGAACGUGGCCGAGCAUCGUACAGCCCUGACUUGGUCGCGUCGCAUCAGCCAGAUUGACCCCCGAGCAAGUGUGCUCAGAGACAGCAGCUUUGGAUUUCCAGUGCUCAGUUGCAAACAGGAGGGUGGGCCAGCCGCUUCUUCUGCCAGAGGGGGCAAACUUGGGCUACCAACGUCAUUCCUGGCCUCUUGGGAAGUCCUCAAGCGUCUUGACUUUGUAGAAGCCUCCUCUGCCUCAAAAGGGAAACGCCUGCCCAGUCUCCAGGGCCAAGGCUGAACAAACCCUUGGCAAGGGCAGGGAAUAGAGGCGGCCUAACUUGUUUACUGGUGUAAGAUUUCCCCCCCCCUUAAAGGUUGUUUUGUUUGAAUCGAUUGACCCAGCUGUCGCCACAGUUUAUAUUUGUCAAUAAAAAAGGAAGUUUUUUUUAUUAUGGUGGCGAGAAUCCUGUACAUAUAUCUUAGUUUUAUUUUGCAGAAGCAGGUUGGGUUUUUUUUUAAAAGCAUAAUGAAGAAAAAUAAUAUGUAAAUGUCUUGAUUUAUUUGUUGUUCAGUUUCCUUUGCACUACCCUGUACUGGGGCUGGAGGGGUGGUGGCGGGAUAUUUAGAGAGCUGUGGGUGUUGGAGGGAUAGUUCAUAGCCGGGGGAAAUCCAAAUUCAUUUGCAGUUGCUAGGAAUGCUGGAACCUGGAACCGGGGGCUCGAGCUGCUAAGGGGUGCCCUUCCACCACGCGCGUGCUUUGUGACCUGUUGGUUACUUUGUAGGUUGUCCCCGAAAAUUCUCCACAAAGCAAAUGCAAUGUAACUGUCAUGACGGAUUCUUCUCUCCCUUCCCCCAAACACACAAUUUUUACUGCAAAUAAAUAUUUGCUCCUUUUUGGCAGAAGA